UCUGCAUGGUUUAACCGUGACCGAUCGCCAGAUAAAGCCCUGAGCCUGUUACGACCAGGAUGUUCACUUCCGGUAUAUCCAUUUAACGUGUGCCAUAAUUUUAAACGCACACGGCGUUCUUCUCACGUGAAAUUUCGGCAAUACCGAUCUAUUUCGUUACAAAACAAUAAAAAAAUACCGCUCCAAUUCAACCAUAAAAAAUCAAUCGACAUUGUAACAUCUUGUAUUCUUCAUGGGAAACGCAUCAAUUACGUUUUAGGUGCUAUGUAUUGCGUGCGUUUCUUAAUUGGGAAAGAGUGUUAAUUUCAAAAUGAAAAAUUACCCAUACGUACCCAGCAUGGUGCAGGCUAUUACCGUUUUAACAGUUUUGAAAAUGAUGACCAGAGCUCAAAUAUCAUGUGGAUCAGGAUCAAUGAGCGGAAAAAUAUGGUACGAAAGACUACCAAAUAUUCAACUUCAAGGAUUCGACAAUGAUAUAAUAAAAGAUGCAAGUCCCCCGUUUAUGGUUUUAGAAAAAUGUCAAGAAUUAUGUUUAAGAGAUCGCGCCUCAAACAACAUAGUAAGAAAUUGCAAAUCUUUCGAUUUCCAACCCGGAAGUAGAAUAGCUAUGUAUAAUGGAGAACCUGAAUACGAAGAAUCAAGUUGUUAUUUAGCUAACGAACAGGCAGCUCCCGAAGGAAUAGGAAUAUUAAUGUUUGUUCCCAACACAGUUCACUUUUCGGAAAUUUGCAUCACCGCGAGAAAACCCGAUGUAGACUGUCCAAAUCGGAAAUACAUUUUUGAGCGGCACCCUCGCAAAAAAUUAAUGCUAGACGCAUCGGAUAUCAAAAACGUUAUGGUUUCUAAUCGGAGCGAAUGCGAAGAUAAAUGUCUUGGUGAGAUUAGCUUCGUUUGUCGAUCGGCAUCCUUUGAUUCCUCAACAAGAACUUGUUCCUUAACAAGAUUCACGAGAAGAACUCACCCGGAAAAGCUGAAAGAUAGUCCUACUUCGGAUUAUUUAGAAAACACUUGUUUAACUGCGGAAAAACGUUGUGAAGGAUUAGCAGUUUUUAUUAAAGAAGAAAAGAAACAACUUCGCGGUCCAUUUGAAGUUGAUCACUUCAGUAAUAUAACAUUAGAAGAGUGUCAAUCGAUGUGUAUAAGAGCAGAAAAAUAUUUUUGUCGAUCUGUUGAAUACGACGAAAGAACACAACAAUGUACACUGUCGGAAGAAGAUUCCAUUUCGCAAAGUAAUGAUAUUGAUACAAGUGAAAGUCCUACACAUCAUUUUUAUGAUUUUGCUUGUUUAGACAGUCCAAGAGGACCUGAAUAUCAAGACAACAGAGUAACCUCUCAUCUAUUUAAUCGAAAACGCCCCGAUACAGCAUUCCAACGUUUUAGAAACAGUCAAUUAAGUGCUGAACAUCAAUCAGAACUUUCUGAUAAAACCUUAAACGAAUGUUUAGAUGAGUGUUUAAGACAACCCAGCUUUCAGUGUAGAUCAGCAGCAUAUAGUGAAAGAUUUAGAUCCUGUAGAUUAAGCAGAUUCAAUCAAAGACACGAUGGUAUGAGGAUUAUCUACAAUGCAGAUUAUGAUUUUUAUGAAAAUUUAAUGCACUCCGUAGUUGGAGAUGAUAUGGAAGGUCAUGAUAGGCCAGGAAUUCCACCAGGAAUGUAUCCAGGUCGUCCAGGACGUCCUCUUCCUCCUAAAACUCCUUACCCUCCAAGUUCUAGUGGUGGUGAUUAUCCUGGAAGACCGUAUCCACCAAGUAGUGGCGGAUAUGAUAGAGAUCCUUACCCACAUAGACCAAGACCUGGAGGUUAUGAUGAUAGAUAUUAUCCUGGUCCAGAUGAAUUUUAUCCACCCAACAUAAUUCCAGAUAUCGUACCAUACCCAACGACUCCAGGAAAAGUUAAUGUUCCUCCUUAUUACCCUGAUAGACGACCCUUGGGCGAAAGAUUUGGAGGAUUUGAUAUACCGUACAGACCUGGUUAUGAUGAUAAAUUUGAUAGAAGACGUCCUGGUGGUAUUUACAUCUAUGAAGAACGCGAUCGAUAUAUUCCAGGAGAUCGUUAUCCAUCUAGUGACCGAUAUUUACCAGGAGAUCGAUAUCCUCCAACAGAUCGUUACAUCCCAGGAGAUCGGUAUCCGUCGACAGAUCGUUAUAUUCCAGGGGAUAGAUAUCCUUCAAGCGACAGAUAUAUUCCUGGCGAUCGCUAUUAUCCAAGUGAUCGCUAUAUACCUGGAGAUAGGUUACCAUCUAGUGGAGGAAGAGACAGAUAUCCAUCCAGUAACCGAGAUCGAGAUAGGCUUAUACCAGGAAAAUACAAACCUUUCCCACCAGAUUCUAAUGGGUAUAAACCUGGUGGUACAAAAUUUAGUAUCUAUGACUUUGAAGAUUAUGAGUCAAGUAAAUAUGGUGGAAGAUAUGAUGAUAAAUAUAAUAGAUUUGAUGGAAGAUAUCGACCUGGGGAUCGAUUCGGCGGAAACGUGAAUAGAUAUCCAUCAAGUGAAGGGGGAGGAGGAGGAGGAAGAUACGAAGACGAUUAUUAUAAUAGAUACAGAUUUAGUUACUACGGCGACGGACAAUACGGAGGUCCAAAAUAUCCAUUCUAUCCAAAUAGACGCCCAGAAAGACCGACUUCAAAUGGAGAUAGAAGACCUCCUUUCAUAGAUCGUCGACCUUUAACAGGUGACCGAAGACCACAUACAAACGAUAUAAACCAUAGACCAGUUUCGCCGAUUGACCAUAGACCAGUCCCGCUUGACCACAGACCAUCACGUCCUAUAUCUCCAGGUCCCGACGGACCGAUUUACGAUCAAUUCGAAGGAAUCGCAUCAACAACCCCAUUUGGAACGAGAUGCGACAGCGAAGAGUUUAAACAAACGGGCAUUCGACAGAGGAUACGAAAACAAUUUAUAGUUCGAUUGUUGACGACACCUUCUUUGAGGGAUUGCCAGCUUUCGUGUAUUGAAAGUCAAGAUUUUAUUUGCAGAUCAUUUAAUUAUAGGGAAGGUCCACCAUCGUAUUCUGAUGGUGAAGUAGAAAAUUGUGAACUCAGUGAUAGAGAUUCAAGAGAUUUGGACAUUAACAAUCCCCAAUAUUUCGAGCCGAUUAAUAAUUUUAAUUAUUAUGAAAGAUCUUUAGGAAGACAAGGGGUUGAUGGAGAUUGUUUAGACGUGAGUCAAGUUUGCAACGAAGACGGAAUGGAAUUUACAUUAAGAACACGGGAAGGCUUUUAUGGAAGAAUCUACACAUAUGGAUUUUAUGAUAAAUGUUUCUUCAGAGGAAAUGGAGGAACCAUCAAUGUACUACGAAUUUCCGGAGCUCAAGGUUACCCGGAAUGUGGAACUCAAAGAUUUGGAGAUACAAUGACCAACAUAGUUGUUGUUCAAUUCACGGAUAACGUCCAAACCGAUCGGGAUAAACGAUUUAAUUUAACCUGUUUAUUCAGAGGACCUGGAGAGGCUAUUGUUACAUCUGGUUAUAUUGGAGCGGGAUCUGGAAGCCCAAUUCCAAUUGAAUACCUUCCAGCUGAAAAUACAUUAAGUUCAAAAGUAAGGUUAUUAAUAUUAUAUCAAGGAAGACCAACAACAACUAUAGCAGUCGGAGAUCCAUUAACAUUUAGAUUAGAAGCUCAAGAUGGUUACAAUUACCUCACAGAUAUUUUCGCCACUAACGUCGUAGCUAGAGAUCCUUAUACAGGAAGAUCAGUCCAAUUAAUUGACAAAUACGGGUGUCCGGUAGAUAGUUACGUUUUCCCAGAAUUAGAUCGUGGAAGAAACGGAGAUACUUUAGAAGCUCAUUUUAACGCAUUUAAGAUUCCCGAGUCUAAUUACUUAAUUUUUGAGGCAAACGUAAGAACUUGUAAAGACGGCUGCCAACCGGCUUAUUGCCCAUCAAGUUCAGGAAGGACCGAACCUUCAUUUGGUCGAAGAAAAAGAGAAAUUAAUGAAACCAUGGCUAGUAUGAACGGAACUACCGAUGAUGAUACAACAAUAUCUAACGACACCAUUAUAUCAAUAACCGAAAAAUCAAUCGAAGAAGAAAGCAAAGAAGCUGAAUCAACAGAAUCACCAGAACACGUUCGAGAAUUAAUUGAAGUUUUUGAAUCUCGAGAAGAACUCCAAAUGGAAGCGAGGAAAGCCGAACCACUUCUUCAAAGUGUUUGUAUCACCCCAAGCGAAUACCAAGGAUUAAUAUCGGCCGUUUUUGCUCUUGUAAUUAUUUUAAUCACAGUUUCGUUAUGCGUUGGGUGUGCUUAUCGAAGAUAUUGGACGGUGAUGAAGAAAAAUAUGGCUGUGGAUAGAAGUUCCCCGCAUUUAUCAGCUUCUUACCCAACAACCAGAAAUAGUGCACUUUCAGGUUUAUCUAUAUUUGGGUCAGGAUUUCAAAAAUCCUUUGUUGGAUUUAACAGGACAAAUAUUUAUCCCAAAGAUGACCUGGAUUGUCCUGAACCAGCACCUGGUGGACCUUUUGAAGAUCCCAGUGAACCGAUUUACACCGAUCCUUCGUUGUUUGAACGUUCAAGGAGCUUGAGGAGUAUAGCAAUCUCACAGAAACAACGGCAAAUUAUUCCAAAUUAGAUCAAAACCUUUAUAACAAUUCGAUUAUAUUUUAUAUGACACUCGUACGGUUAUUUUUAUUUUUUUUAAUUGUAAAUUUAGGUCGUAAGAUAUUUAUUUACUCUUCACUCACACCCAAAGAAAACUGCCUAAGAUAAAAGAUGUUUUAUGAUCUAUACAACCUUCACUGCCUUUAAAAGAUUUUAUUGCUAUUUUUUAUGGUUCAAUUAGACGAUGUGAUUUAUUUAUAGAUAAUAAAUAAUCAAAAGAAUGCACAUUAUUACUAAACUAUUAUUUUUACUUAUUUUUAAAUUCAAUGCACUAAUAAUAAGCUUAAUAUUAUAAAUUGCAAACAUCACUGCGAUAAUUCAUAUUUAUAGUAUAAUAUUUUAUGUAAAUACAUCCAUUAAUAACUUA